CAUCCCUUAUUCAACCCAGAAUAGAAAGCUUUCAUGGGAUUUUUGACAAUUAGUGAAAUGUGGUUGAAAAAUGGUGGGAGGGCCCACAUGCAAAAGCACGAAGAGUUAGAAAUAAAGAAAGAAAAUUCUAACAUACCAAUACCACACACACUCACUAGUACAAAGCUUCAAACUUGGGUUUGAUUCCCUCUUUCCUCAGGUCCAUCUUUUUUGUGGCUUUUUAAGGAAGGUUGAAAAUCUCAAAUUCAGCAGUAGCUCAUCAACUUGUUAUAUAUAUAAAGUCUCCAUUGAUUUUUGCAACACUAAUUCAUUUCACCUUUUUCCCUUUUGGACUUGGAUUUGUGUAGGAUCCAAGUCCUAUCCUCCGCUCUUUUCAAUUUCUCUCCUUCUCUUAACCUCACUUUCUUUCUUCCACAAGAGAAUAGAGAGAAGAAAAUAUGUGAGGUUUUCUGGGCAUGGCGGAAAAUUGCUUUUUUUGGGGUUUAAUCUUUGUUUGGUGAUUAUACAUUCAUGGAAUUUAGAGAUUUUAUCUGAUCUGGGAUCCAUUAGAUUCUGCAGAUUCUUAAUCUAUUAUUGCAGGAACAAGUUCGCGUUAUGGGUUGGCUGAACAAAAUUCUUAAAGGUUCUAGUCACAAAACCUCACGUGGGCACUAUCAUGGAACCUAUGAAGAGAACCAUAAUUCAGGGGAUGAUUUUGACAAAGAUGAUAUUGAACUUGCACUUACCCUAUCCCUUUCGGAACAAGAUUAUAAAGGGAAAAAAGUAGCUGAUCCUGAAUCUGAAUCCGAAUCCGAAUCUGAACUCGAGGAAGUUGAAUGUAUUGCUAAACUUCAAACAGACGAAGAUGAAGAUGAAGAUGAAGAACCUGCUGAGUUUAUGAUUCCAUCAGAAGAAGAUGAAGAACCUGCUGAGGUUAUACUUCCAUCAGAUGAAGAUGAAGACCUGGCUAGAGUGCUGGCAGACAAAGAAGAACUACUUUCAAGUGUUCAAUUGGAGGAAGAUGAACAGCUUGCCAGGGCUAUUCAAGAAAGUCUGAGCAUGGAGUCUCCUCCCCGUCAUGACAAUGGCAGCAUGUUUCAUCCUUCCUUCUUAUUCUCAUCUGGAUACAGGAUUUGUGCUGGCUGCAACGCUGAGAUUGGCAAUGGAAGGUAUUUGAGUUGUAUGAAUGGUGUUUGGCAUCCAGAAUGCUUUCGCUGCCAUGCUUGUAAUCAGCCAAUUACCGAUCAUGAGUAUUCUAUGUCUAACAAUCACCCUUAUCACAAAUCCUGUUACAAGGAGAGGCAUCAUCCAAGAUGUGAUGUUUGCAGUAGCUUUAUACCAACCAACUCAGCAGGUUUGAUUGAGUACAGGGCACAUCCAUUCUGGCGCCAAAAGUAUUGUCCCGCUCAUGAGCGUGAUGGAACUCCUCGGUGUUGUAGCUGUGAAAGAAUGGAGCCAAGGGACACAAAAUAUUUGUUACUUGAUGAUGGGCGGAAGCUGUGUCUGGAGUGUCUAGACUCUGCAAUUAUGGAUACUCAUGAAUGCCAACCGCUUUAUCUCGAGAUACAAGACUUCUAUGAAGGUUUGAAUAUGAAAGUGGAGCAGCAAAUUCCAAUGCUCUUAGUGGAGAGGCAAGCACUAAAUGAGGCCAUGGAGGGAGAAAAGAAUGGUCAUCAUCAUUUGCCAGAGACUAGAGGUCUUUGCUUAUCAGAAGAACAGACUGUUACCACAAUAUUGAAGAGGCCAAAGAUUGGAGCAGGCUACCGGAUCAUAGACAUGAUAACUGAGCCUUUUAAGCUGGUUCGUCGAUGUGAAGUGACAGCAAUUCUUGUUUUGUAUGGCCUCCCUAGGUUGUUGACAGGGUCAAUUUUGGCUCAUGAGAUGAUGCAUGCUUGGCUCAGACUUAAAGGUUAUCCUAAUCUAAGUCCAGAAGUUGAAGAAGGUAUCUGCCAAGUCUUGGGACACAUGUGGUUGGAUUCUGAGAUGUAUUCGGGAUUGGGAAAUGAUGUUGUUGCUGCCUCUUCAUCAACAUCGUCUUCCUCGUCCUCUUUACCUCCUCCUGGAUCAAGUUCAUCCAAGAAGGGGAAAAGAUCAGACUUUGAGAAGAAAUUUGGUGAAUUUUUCAAACACCAGAUUGAGUCGGAUUCAUCAACGGCAUACGGCGAAGGGUUCAGGAAAGGUAACCAAGCAGUGCUCAAGUAUGGCCUGAAGAGUACACUUGACCAUAUCCGGAUGACUGGAAGCUUUCCAAUUUGACUUGCACAGAAAUAUCUAUAUCUAUAUAUAUCUUAUCUAUAUAUAUAUAUAAUCAGUUUGGCUCCUUCUAAGGGUAAACAGAACCUUGGCCUUAUAAUAUUUUAGUGAAUAGGAUUAGAAAAAUCUAAAUCCCAUUAAAGCUUAUACCUCAUAAGAUAGAAUAAACGACUGAAAAAUGGUCGAUUCCAUAUGUGAAAGAAAACCUUUUGUAAUCUCUUCAGAACUGUUUGCAAUUGCACCGCUACAUAUUAUUUCACUCACAUAAUACUUUGGAGAUGUUUAAAAGAAAAUGUACACAAUAUGAAUAUGGAAUGAGACAUGGCUUGUUUUAUA